AUGCGCGCCGCAGCCGCCAACAAGAACAAGCCCGCCCCGUCCACCUCGUCGACGUCCGCCAACCCCGACUCGGCUCCCGAACCCUCGACCAGCACCGCAAAGCCCGCUCCAGCUCCCGUCUUCAAGGGCUCGGGCCUCGGUGCAGGUCCCCGCCACUUUGUCGACCCGGCCAACCAGCCUUGGGUCGAGAAAUACCGCCCCAAGAACCUCGAGGAGGUGUCGGCCCAGGACCACACCGUCCAGGUCCUCAAAAAGACCCUCGGCUCGAGCAACCUCCCGCACAUGCUCUUCUACGGUCCGCCAGGAACGGGCAAGACGUCGACCAUCCUCGCCCUGUGCAAGCAGAUGUACGGACCCGACCUGUACCGCUCGCGCGUCCUCGAGCUGAACGCGUCCGACGAGCGCGGCAUCUCGGUCGUGCGCGACAAGAUCAAGAACUUUGCCAAGACGACCGUCACGACCAACCACGACCCCAACUUCAACGCGCCCGCGUUCAAGAUCAUCAUCCUCGACGAGGCCGACUCGAUGACGCAGGACGCCCAGUCGGCCCUGCGCCGCAUCAUGGAGACCUACUCCAAGAUCACCCGCUUCUGCCUCAUCUGCAACUACGUGACUCGCAUCAUUGAGCCCAUCACGUCGCGCUGCUCCAAGUUCCGCUUCAAGCCGCUCGACACGACGUCGACCGAGGCGCGCCUGCGCGACAUCUGCCUCGCCGAGAAGGUCGACUGCCCGGACGACGCCCUCGCCGCCCUGAUCCGCACCUCGGACGGCGACCUGCGCCGCGCCAUCACGUACCUGCAGUCGGCGUCGCGCCUCGCCACCGCGACGGGCGAGCCCAUCAGCCCCGUCGGCGUGCAAGAGAUCGGCGGUGUCGUGCCGGACGGCGUCAUGAACGAGCUCGGGAGGGCGCUCGGCCCGGCGGGAGCGGCGGGCGCGAGCGCGUUCGACACGGUGAGGGCCGCGGUCGAGAAGGUGUCGCGUGAGGGCUACUCGGCCGUCCAGGUCCUGUCGCAGCUGCACGACCUCGUCAUCCUCGACCCGCUCGUGCCGGCGCGCGCCAAGGCGAGCAUCGCGCUCGACCUCGGUCUGGCCGACAAGGCGUUGACGGACGGGGCGGACGAGGAGCUGCAGCUGCUCAACUGCUGUGCGAGGAUCGAGCGGGCCGUGAGGGCGGCGUAGCGUCUCUCGACGAGGUUGGAGGGGGACCUGCAGCUUGACGGACAGCUUGUUGUG